AUGACUUGUAAUGGCCCAGAGAAUUCGGAAGCUUGUGCCACUCCAGAUGCUGAUCAUGACCAGGAAUGGGCACAGGAAUGCUACCGACUAGGAACUUUUGUGGAAUUUCCACUUGACUGUCCAGUUUCAGCAUCAGCACUAGCACAAGCUGGCUUUGUUUAUACUGGAGAAGGUGACAAAGUGAAAUGCUUCAGUUGCCACACAGUUAUUGAAGGAUGGGCACCAGGGGAUUCUGCCAUUGAGAGGCACAAAAACCUUUCCCCAGAUUGCAAAUUUAUUACUGAAUCUACUUUCAAGGAAAAUAGCAUACAUCCUCCCACCCAGAACUACCAGCACAGAACUGAAAAUGGUUCCAGCAGUUCAGCCCAGCCAUGUACUCUGGAUGACCCUUCUGAUGUGGAGGCAGAUUACCUCUUGAGAACUAGGCAGGUUGUGGAUAUGUCAGAUACUUUGUAUCCUAAAAACCCUGCUAUGUGCAGUGAAGAGACAAGAUUAAAGUCCUUUUAUAACUGGCCCCUCAAUGGUCAGCUGACACCAAAGGAAUUAGCUAAUGCUGGAUUCUAUUAUACAGGUGUUGGUGAUCAAGUGGCAUGUUUUUGUUGUGGUGGAAAAUUGAAACAGUGGGAACCCAGUGACAUAGCUUGGUCAGAACACAAGCGGCAUUUUCCCAAAUGCUUUUUUGUGCUGGGACGGGAUGUUGGAAAUGUUCCAAGUGAAUCUGUUUCUGCUGAGCUUGGGAGAGGUGGUCUGAAUGAUACACAGCACCCAAGGAAUCCAUCUAUGGCAAAAUAUGAAAGACGUUUACAAACAUUUUUGACUUGGAUAUAUCCUGUUGACAAGGAGCAACUUGCUGAAGCUGGGUUCUAUAGCAUAGGUAAUGGUGAUCAUGUUGUGUGUUUCCACUGUGGUGGAGGAUUGCAAGAAUGGAAGAAAAAUGAAGACCCAUGGGAUCAACAUGCCAAAUGGUUUCCUGGGUGCAGGUUUGUGAGAAUGGAAAAAGGGCAAGAAUUUAUAAAUAAUGUUCAUUUAAGAGAUGAAUGUAGGGAUUCAACAACAGAAGCUGCUGAAGGGACAAUGCUUACUAAAGUUGAUCUCUUGCAGAAUCCUUUGGUACAAAGUGCCAUAGACAUGGGUUUCAGUUUGUCUGAUAUUAGGAACACCAUGGAAAAGAGAUUGCAGAUGUCUGGAGAAAGUCACACAUCUGUUGAGGAUCUGGUAGCAGACUUAAGUGCUCAAAAAGAAAAUACAAGGGAAGAAGAACCAAAUGAAAUCCCAGUUGAGCAAGAUGAGCUUAUUCAGUUACAAAACCUCUAUCUCAGUACUGAAGAGAAGUUGAGGCGCUUGCAGGAAGAAAAGCUUUGUAAAAUCUGUAUGGCUAAAGAAGUAUCAGUUGUCUUCAUUCCCUGUGGUCACCUACUUGCCUGUAAGGAAUGUGCUGAAGCACUUAAUGAAUGCCCUCUGUGUCGUACAGAUAUUAUGAGAAGGCAGGAAGUUUAUAUGUAUUAG